CGCCAGCCCAGUGGUUGGAGAAACUGCGUGGCUGAAAAAAGAAACUGACACGUGGAUCAUCAUCAACACUUCAGGAAUCAGGAAAAAGCUGAAAUUCGUCCCGCUGCGUUAUAGCAGCAGUGAAAGCCGAGAGUCCGCUGGUUUCUGCUGGUCGCUGGAGCGCAGUGGUUGCGGCAGGGAUGUUAUAAGGAGAUGCUUCCGCGAAGAAACUGGGAUAGAAACAUAUUGUUUUCAUCGCUUUGCUCUUUUGCCUAUCACGCUUGCAAAGACUGACCCGAGAGGACAUCAGAGCAGAUAGUCACAAACGAAUAUAUUUGUCGUUGAAUGGCAAUUUUACAAAAACAUGGAAAGAACUCUUGUCCAGAUUUGGCCAGUAUUAAGGAGAAUCCUUCAGAAAAUAUCGGAGCUGGAUCACAGAAGAAGUGGCCAGAGUCAAGUCAGACCUGGACAAGGCCAGUAGCGAGGAUAUGGACGGUGGUGCUGUUGCUGGGCACAUGUUUGCUGUACUGUGCCCGUGUGGCCAUGCCUAUCUGUGCAGUGAGCAUGGCAGAGCGCUUCAGCUGGUCUAAGAGAGAGACGGGCAUGGUGUUGGGCAGCUUCUUCUGGGGUUACUGCUUCACUCAGGUCCUUGGAGGCUACGUCAGUGACAGGGUGGGAGGAGAGAAAGUGAUGCUGUUGUCAGCGGCAGCAUGGGGAGCAAUGACAGCCUUCACUCCGAUCUUAGCCCAUUUCUGCUCCCAGCCCAUCGUCUCCAUGACGGUCUCCCGCUUCCUCAUGGGCCUGCUGCAGGGUGUUCACUACCCGUCUCUGGCCAGUCUGUGCUCUCAGAAGGUGGUGGAGAGUGAGAGGGGUUUCCUCAUGAGCACAGUAGGAAGUGGCUCAUACCUGGGGACGCUGGUGAUUGGAGGUCUCGGCUCUCUCAUGCUGGACUUGUACGGCUGGGAGAGCGUGUUCUACGCCUCUGGGCUUCUGUCUGUGCUGUGGGCGUACUGCAUGUGGAAGUAUCUGCUCAAAGGAGAGGGUCCUAUCAUCACACUGGAGUCUCUGGGCAGCGCUGGAAGCCAGUCCAAACUGUCUAAGAGAAACUGGCUGCGUCUCUUCAGACAGCCAGCUGUGUGUGCCGUCAUUAUUACACACUUGUGCACCGCCAGCACCUUCUUCACACUGCUGUCAUGGCUGCCAACAUAUUUCAAGGACACCUUCCCUGAUGCCAAGGGUUGGGUGUUUAACGUGAUCCCAUGGUUUGUGGCCAUCCCCUCUUCCCUGUUUAGUGGAUGCCUUUCAGACCAUCUAAUCAGUCAGGGUUUUGAUACUGCGUCAGUGAGGAAACUCAUGCAGUUCUUCUCUAUGGGCGUGUCCAGUGUGUUUACUCUGUUACUGUGCGGGACCAAUACGUUCCCCACAGCUGUGGCUUUCGUGUCUGCUACGAUGGGCCUCACCACAUUCAGCCACAGUGGGGUUUCAGUGAAUGUUCAAGAUCUCGCUCCAUCCUGUGCUGGCGCUCUGUUUGGGGUGAUGAAUACAUGUGGAGCUUUUACAGGGGUCAUCAUGGUGUAUCUCUCAGGGUAUCUGAUCGAGGCCAGUGGUUCCUGGGCGUCAGUUUUCGGUCUCAUCACAGUAGUGAAUCUGCUGGGUUUAGCCACGUUCUUAAGCUUCGCAGAAGCUCGCAGAGUGGACAUAGAUCUAGCGAAGGGCCGUCACCACAACAUCCACAUCUGAGAGCACAGGGGCCUGGAGCAGAGCAACACCAUCAGGAUAUGGAGCUUAUGGAUCAGCUGAGUAUUGUGUAUGAGGGGUGGGAAGGACAUAGAGAAAUGACUGGCUCUGAGAAGAAGGGGGACAUCCUCAACAGUCACUGGUUUCGUCACUAUGGAAACUAUGUUGCUCUCUUUGGCUGAAGAGAAUAUUGGAAAAGCUUUAGGAGUUACUUAAUAGAUCUGUAAUAGAUUACUAGGAGCCGCAGGAUGAAGAGUGUUAAGUAUUUUGUUAAGGUUCAUUCAUUUCUAUUUUAUCCUUUAGCACUUGUGCUAGUGUGACCAAAGCAGUUCAGAAACCUGCAGUACACCGUCCAUUUAAUCAGAUGAAGACCAAAAGCUAGAGUUUGACAGUCUGGGAAUUGACAGUGUUUAUUCAAUUAUUAAUACCAUGUUCUUUUAAAAUACCUCAUCUCAGACGUGUUUCUUCCACAGGGUAUGAGCUGUUGAUAGAGAUUAGUGUUUUUUUUUUGUUUUUUUUUACUG